GCCACCUUGCAGUGUCCAUCAGUGCCCUUGUCAGUGCUCAUCAGUGCCUCGUGCCAGUGCCCAUCAGUGCCACAUAUCAGUGCCUACCAGUGCACAUCAAUGCCACAUAUCAGAGCCCAUCUGAGCUGCCUUUCAGUGUCACCCAUCAGUGCCAGUAAGUGCCACCUACCAAUGCCAAUCAGUGCCACCUAUCAGUGCUGCCAAUCAUUGCCAAUCAGUGCCGCCUAUCAGUGCCAGUCAGUGCCGCCUAUUAGUGCCUUGCCAGUCAGUGCCGCCUAUCAGUGUCAGUCAGUGCUGCCUUUCAGUGCCCAUCAGUGAUGCCU